CAGUGUAGGGUGUGUCAUCGACAACGAUGCAGUCAUUGUUAGUGCUUAUAGCUCUGGUGGCUGCUGCGGCGGCGCUGCCGACAGAACUCCCGGAGCCGGGCCAGCUGGCUCUGAUUCUCGGAGAAGAGGAGUUCGAGGACUACCUUGACGCUUACCUCGAAUACGAAUACAACAACAAUGCAAACUCAUCCGAUGCUGGUGUAGACGCCCGAAGUGGGUGCACCAUUAGAGUGAACGGUGACCUCGGCCAGCCGCAGCCUGUAUACAUCCGUAACAACCGGUACCUAGCAGCCAACGGCAACAGUGGUCAGAUCAGACUCAACUCCAACGAACAAGUUGUUAUUUCUUGCCCUGGCUCCGGUCGCACUAUCCGCCACCCAAACAUCGCUUCCAAUGUUCACACUGCUACUGCCCGAUGUGUAAACAAUGCUGUAAUUAAUGGUGCCGGCUGGUUGAAUGGAAAUGGAAACUUCCGCCAACUGACAUGCUCUGCUCACCCAUUCCACGAAGCUCAGGGUACCAAUUCCCGUUGCUUCGGUAACAACCUAGUCAUCCGAGUGGGUUUCAUCGUCAACAAUGUUUUCCACACUCUGUACUUCUCAUGCUUCAACCAAAACCGCAUGGAAGUCCUAUAUGUGUGGUAUGACCAGACUCCUGAAAACGCAGUACACCAAACUGGUGUUGACAGGCCCAGUUGGUUAGCUGGAAGCUUCUUCCCUGGUGUUGCCGUCAACAAUAUGUACACUCAAGCACAUCAGAAAACUACCAUAGCUCAAUAUGUUGGAAACAACUUGGCCAACCAGUACGUCACCAACCACCAGUUCUUGGCUCGCGGUCACCUUGCCGCUAAGAGUGACUAUGUAUUCGCAACUGGUCAGCGCGCUACUUUCUACUUCAUCAACGCUGCUCCUCAGUGGCAACCCUUCAACGCUGGUAACUGGAACUCUCUUGAACAGAAUCUUCGCGCUCGCAUUGGUGCCGCUGGCUACAGGACUGUCAUCUACAGCGGUACCUUCGGUGUAACCCAGCUACGUGACGCCAGCAACCGUUUCCACGACAUCUACCUCGUCCGUAACCGUAACCAGAUCCCAGUACCAAUGUACUUCUACAAGGUGGUGUACGACUCUUCUCGUCGCAUCGGUACAGCUUUCAUCAGUAUCAACAACCCUCACUACACUCUGGCCGAGGCUCGCGCACGCCAGUUCUGCACAGACCGUUGCCGAAACAACAGCGCCUUCAACUGGAUCAGAUGGCAACCUGACCGUGUCGACAUCGGCUACAGUUUCUGCUGCACAAUCGACGACUUCAGAAGGACUGUUCCUCACCUACCUUCCUUCCAGACCAACGGUCUUCUUUCUGGUGUAUCAUCGACAACGAUGCAGUCAUUGUUAGUGCUUGUAGCUCUGGUGGCUGCAGCGGCGGCGCUGCCGACAGAACUCCCGGAGCCGGGCCAGCUGGCUCUGAUUCUCGGAGAAGAAGAGUUCGAGGACUACCUUGACGCUUACCUCGAAUACGAAUACAACAACAAUGCAAACUCAUCCGAUGCUGGUGUAGACGCCCGAAGUGGGUGCACCAUUAGAGUGAACGGUGACCUCGGCCAGCCGCAGCCCGUAUACAUCCGUAACAACCGGUACCUAGCAGCCAACGGCAACAGUGGUCAGAUCAGACUCAACUCCAACGAACAAGUUGUUAUUUCUUGCCCUGGCUCCGGUCGCACUAUCCGCCACCCAAACAUCGCUUCCAAUGUUCACACUGCUACUGCUCGAUGUGUAAACAAUGCUGUAAUUAAUGGUGCUGGCUGGUUGAAUGGAAAUGGAAACUUCCGCCAGCUGACAUGCUCUGCUCACCCAUUUCACGAGGCUCAGGGUACCAGCACCCGUUGCUUCGGUAACAAUCUCGUCAUUCGCGUGGGUUUUAUCGUCAACAAUGUUUUCCACACUCUGUACUUCUCAUGCUUCAACCAAAACCGCAUGGAAGUCCUAUAUGUGUGGUAUGACCAGACUCCUGAAAACGCAGUACACCAAACUGGUGUUGAUAGGCCCAGUUGGUUAGCUGGAAGCUUCUUCCCUGGUGUUGCCGUCAACAAUAUGUACACUCAAGCUCAUCAGAAAACUACCAUAGCUCAAUAUGUUGGAAACAACUUGGCCAACCAGUACGUCACCAACCACCAGUUCUUAGCUCGCGGCCACCUUGCCGCUAAGAGUGACUAUGUAUUCGCAACUGGACAGCGCGCUACUUUCUACUUCAUUAACGCUGCUCCUCAGUGGCAACCCUUCAACGCUGGUAACUGGAACUCCCUUGAACAGAACCUUCGUGCCCGCAUUGGUGCCGCUGGCUACAGAACCGUCAUCUAUACGGGAACAUUUGGUGUUACUCAGCUACGUGACGCUAGCAACCGUUUCCACGACAUCUACUUGGUCCGUGAUCGAAACCAGAUCCCAGUACCACUCUACUACUACAAGGUGGUAUACGACUCCUCUCGUCGCAUCGGUACAGCUUUCAUCAGUAUCAACAACCCUCACUACACUCUGGCCGAGGCUCGAGCGCGCCAGUUCUGCACAGACCGCUGCCGCAACAACAGCGCCUUCAACUGGAUCAGAUGGCAACCUGACCGUAUUGACAUCGGCUACAGUUUCUGCUGCACAAUCGACGACUUUAGAAGGACGGUUCCUCACCUACCUUCCUUCCAGACCAACGGUCUUCUUUCUUAUGUGUCAUCGACAACGAUGCAGUCAUUGUUAGUGCUUGUAGCUCUGGUGGCUGCUGCGGCGGCGCUGCCGACAGAACUCCCGGAGCCGGGCCAGCUGGCUCUGAUUCUCGGAGAAGAAGAGUUCGAGGACUACCUUGACGCCUACCUGGAGCACGAAUACAAGAAUAAUGCGAACUCAUCAGCUGCUGGUGUAAACGCCCGAAGUGGGUGCACCAUCAGAGUGAACGGUGAUCUUGGGCAGCCGCAGCCUGUAUACAUCCGGAACAACCGGUACCUAGAAGCCAGCGGUAACAGUGGUCAGAUCAGACUUAACGCCAACGAACAAGUUGUUAUUUCUUGCACUGGCUCCGGUCGCACUAUCCGCCACCCCAACAUCGCCUCCAAUGUCCAUACUGCGACCGCGAGAUGUGUGAACAAUGCUGUAAUUAGCGGUGCCGGCUGGUUGAAUGGAAAUGGAAACUUCGGCCAACUGACAUGCUCUUCUCACUCUUUCCACGAGGCUCAGGGUACCUCCUCCCGUUGCUAUGGUAACAACCUUGUCAUCCGCGUGGGUUUCAUCGUCAACAAUGUUUUCCACACUCUUUACUUCUCAUGCUUCGACCAAAACCGCAUGGAAGUCCUAUAUGUGUGGUAUGAUCAGACUCCUGAAAACACAGUUCACCAAUCAGGUGUCGAUAGACCUAGUUUCUUAGCUGGAAGCUUCUACCCUGGUGUUGCUGUCAAUACUAUGUACACCCAAGUUCAACAGAAAGCGACUAUUGCUCAAUAUGUAGGAAACGCCUUGGCCGACCAGUACGUUACCUCCCACCAGUUCUUGGCCCGUGGUCACCUUGCCGCUAAGAGUGACUUUGUAUUUGCAACUGGUCAGCGCGCUAGUUUCUACUUCAUCAACGUCGCUCCUCAGUGGCAGCCCUUCAAUGCUGGUAACUGGAACUGGCUUGAGCAGAAUCUCCGUGCCCGCAUUGGUGCUGCUGGCUACAGAACCGUAGUUUACACCGGUACCUUUGGUGUUACCCAGCUACGUGACGCCAGCAACCGUUUCCAUGAUAUCUACUUAGUGCGCGAGCGUAACCAGAUCCCAGUACCACUUUACUUCUACAAGGUGGUAUACGAUGCUUCUCGUCGCAUUGGUACUGCUUUCAUCAGUAUCAACAACCCUCACUACACUCUGGCCGAGGCUCGUGCGCGCCAGUUCUGCACAGACCGCUGCCGCAACAACAGCGCUUUCAACUGGAUUAACUGGCAACCUGACCGCGUUGACAUCGGCUACAGUUUCUGCUGCACAAUUGAUGACUUCAGAAGGACUGUUCCUCACCUACCCGCCUUCCAGACCAACGGUCUUCUCUCUUAAGACAAAACAUAAUUUAAACUGAGUGUCAUACUUACUGCAAAUAUUUUUUUCUGUGUCUGUAUGUCUGUUUCAGUUUGCUAGUCAAGAAUCUACUUAAAGAUUUAAAAAGUUGUGUUCUUUUUAAAUAUACAUUUGUUUCUAAUCAAACUACAUC